AUGCUGCUGAACUUCCGAGCACCGGCAAACAGGCUCGACCAGUCGAGAUUAGCCUUACUCCUCUUUAACGCCGUACUCACAAUCAAGCAAGUGCCUGCACCAGCGUCGCAAACCGGGUACUCGUGCGGGCAGCAGCUCGAGUGGUCGUCACAGCAAGUGGCGGACUCCAUCGGGCAGCAGCCCCAACCAAAGCAGAACUGCCCGUAUUGGUACACGCAGCAACACGUGCUGCCCGCCGGGCAGGAGAAGUACUCGUCGCACUCCGUGGUGGGCUUCACAGGAGGUGACGGGCCAGGCUUCGGUGGGUUCUGGCCCGUUUUAAUCGGGUACGAGGGCUCGACUGAAAUCCCGCACUUACCUGAUGUGGCGCGACUGCCCAAGUUGCGCUCGAGGCGGAUAUAG